UUCCUUCUCCUUCUAGCCAUCCAUUCGACUUCAGAUUGCGGUGUUGAUCGUCCCAACGCACUUUUUUCGACUUCAUCCAUCCCUCUUACCGCGCACCGUGUACUUUUUACUCGUAUCAUAGUCGCACCCCGCCGCCGAGGACAGCCGGCCUCGCCUCGCCGGAGUGUGCACGCACGCACGUACGCACACGCCCACGCACACGUCUAGCAGGGCUGGCCCUAGCGCGCGUCAUUAUACACACUCUCUCUACACGUAAGCUCCUUGGACAAGCAAGUCACUGGCAGGAAAGCAAGGGAUCGUAGCAGCAACGUUGCAGGGGAGGCGGAGUGGUGCUUUGUGCGCACUCGAGCCUCCAUCGGGGCAGCGCCAUCCGCCCAUUAUUGGCACGGCGGAUCACCGCGCUCGCCGCGCUCGCCAUGGGCCAAGGGCAGUCACAUCAUGGACGUGGCUCAGCAGACACCGCACCGCAGCCGAUCGAAAGCCAAGACAUCGUGUCGGCGGGGCACACCAAAGCUGACGGUGAGGAGAUCUUGCCGCCUGAACACGACGAUGAGUCCAGCUUCACCACAGAGCGCGAUCCAGGCAACGUAGGGCCAAUGAGGCGACGACCACGACCUACUUCUGGGGUAUCGUUCCAGCCUCCAGCCCUUUCGAGAUGGAAUGCGCACCGCGACAUGCCGCUGCAAAGCAUCGUAGACACCAACAGCGACGAUGUGCAGGCACAGACGCAAGUCAAUUGGUUCCCCACCUACCCCGCCUGGGACAAUGCAGGGCGUAAUCCACCAGUUGUCGUCACUCCGACAGCUACUGCGGCCUUGCGGGCCAUACAUCGAGUCAGCAAUCCACCGCUGUACCCAGACAUUCCCGAGGUUCCAGAGGAAGGGUCAGACUUUGGCAGCGCCGGAGUCGGCGGCGGUGGCGGGUCGCUCUUGGAGGAGGCACAAGGAGGCAACGAAAGUGGCGGCAGUGCGGGAACGCAGCCGAUGCCACCGCCGAGACCGCUACCUUCUCCACUCGCUGAGGCUCUCAUGAUGGGACUUGGUCGUAGCGGGUCGGGCAGCAGCUCAAGGCGAGCUUCUGAACCGCAAUUGUCCGAAGCGAGCAGGCUGGGUGGGGGAGACGUCUCAAGGCGUAGCACCGGACAGACGGAUCGCGAGCGACUGGUGGCGUACUGGGAGUCUCGCGCUUCAGAAGCUUCCUCGCCUGCACCUCCAGUCGUGCGCCGGGCCAGCUGGUCUUCGGGACCAGCUCUGCGUGCGCCGCGUUCGCGCGAGGGAGCAGCCACCUUGGGUCGGUCCAGAUCCCCGCUUGCUCCCGCAGAUGAAGUCGCGGUGGACCCAUACGAGGAGACGGCUCCCGUGAUGGCUGUAGAGGAUGCGCCAACGCCCUAUGGCCCGCAACCUUCGGUCUACGGCACGCCAGCCAUUGUACUCGAUGCAGACUCGCCCGACGUCGGGACGUUCCCCUGGUCGAGAAAUGCGCAACAGCAAGAGGACGAGGCUGCGAGCGGGGUGGCCCCUUUAGCUUCUUCUCCAAUCAUGGCCGAGCAUGCUCUCCUCGUACCACCACCCAUCACACGCGCAGCCGAUCCUACCAACCUUUCAACCACAUCAGGCGGCGAAAGCGACGAAGCCGUCGAGCAAAUACGGUCACCACAGCCAAGCGAAGGCUCCCUCAAGCGCAAGGCUGCUCCCCUCUACGUCAGUCAGCUCGAAGGAGAGCCUGUGCAACUGCGCUCCCCUCCGCAAUCCUUGCGCUCUCCACCGCGAUCCCUUCAAAUCGCCUCGCCGAAGGUAGAGCGACGCGCAGAGGUCCACCACGAAGGGCAGAGCCGCUUCUCGCAGUCCUCUAACUCGGACGCGGCGCUGCGGUCGGAGGUGAACAUGCUCAGGGCUGGGCCGUCCACGAAGCGGGACUCUUCCUUAAUCCACGACCUCUUUCGACCUUCACGCCAGAGAGGAAGCCGCGAAGACGACGCUGCCCGGCCGCGGAAAAGUUCAUUCUUUUCGCGGCUCACCGGGCGAGCUCGCAAGGGCAGUGGCACUCUUCCGCAGCCGGAGCUCAUCGGCGGCUCUACGAUUCGCGCAUCCGGUCUGCCUUCGUCCAGCCGCGACUCGAUGCCUCUUCAAGAGCCACCCAUCUUCCAAAUUCGCCCUCGCAUGACCUCGGCACCUCCCGAGAUGGGAUCGCUCGCCCGUCGCCUACAACAGGCGCGCGAUCCAGCGGCCACACCGCACAAGAGUCCUAGACUCACGCAGCACACAGUUGGAGGCAGUGUCCGACGUGUGCCGAGCUUUGCUGGCUCGCAUGGUAGCAUACGAAGUAAGAGAAGCGCGAGGAGUGGGGCUCGCAGCUCUGCUACCAGUCUGAGGCAGGCGUACGUCGAGGGGGCAGCGAGGGCAGCGCAACGACCUGGAGCGAAGGAGGGUUGGGAAGACAUUGCAGAGGACGAGGUCGUGGCUGCACAGGCGAAUGCAAGCCAGUCAAGCUUCAAGGUGAAGCGCAAGCGUGUUCCGCUGGGCGUCAUGUUCGGCUGGCCAAGGCGAGGGUCCAAGCAGCUCCAUCCUACUGAUGUAGAAGCGCUGGAUGCGCGGCAGAGAGCCGUAUCAGAGCCGCCUCGCGCUUCGGCGAUCGUUGCGAGGCCUGCGCCUGACGAACCGCUCGUGCAGAAGAUUGACCAGAACCACCAACUUCGUCCGCCAAGCGACACGAAUCUCUUGACGACGCCACACUACUCCUCGUCGACCUCAAGCUUCUCUUCACUCGCACCGCCGCCAGCACCACAGCCCGUCCCGCCGAAAAGACCACGUCGACCCCGAAGGCGAACAGGAUCAGGCAGCCAGUCUGAAUCAGGCGGCGCUGGCCAGUCGCCACAGCCAUCGCGCUACAAAGACAAGGGCAAGGGCAAAGCUAAAGAGGAGGACGAGACCUCGACGCCUUUCUGGGACGACAGCAUCCAGACUCAUGGAGACGAAAACGAGGCGGAGACAGCACCCGUACUGCCCUCUCCUCGUGGCACGUUGGCCACGAUCCACUCAGUACCCUGGCGAGCCGAUGAGGAUGUAGCAAGCCGCAUGGAAAUCCUGCACUCGGAUCGAGGGUCACCGCUACCGCGAGGCCCAAACUCUGCAGAACUGUACCCUCGCCCACACUCGAAGCUCUCCGCCAGCUACCUCGACCCAGACUCGCGUCCUUCAUCGCGUGCCACUGCGGCCUUGAGGCAGCAAGCCUCCGGCCAGACAUUCGGUGUUGACGAGCGUCCACGCACAGCCCUUUCCAUCGCGCCCGACAUGCCCGCUCACGUCGAGUCACCCGUGAACAGCAGUAGCGCGGAUUUCGGGGACGAAGGCGGAGUGAAACCUCCACCCACCAAAGCGUCGAACAGCCAGGACUCGUCGCGAGAUCGUCUCACUUUUGCUCCACCACCUACCACAGCGUCGGGCGAUCGCGAUCGAGCCCACGUUCAGGGUCACGCCGCCGAGGGUAGCAACUCGUCCUUCACUAAGAUAGCCGGAGACGACGAGGACGACCAGCUGUUGCGCUCGAGGAUCAAGCCGCCCUCCCUCGCGGAGUCGGACGUGUCCAAGACUAGUGUGCGCGGCCACCUCUCGUCGUCGGCCACUCUGGCGACUGAGGGGCCUGGCGGCAUGGGAACAACGGCUACGGUUACCGGCACGCCGUCUACCUCUGCUGGCACACCGCGUGGUCAGCACUUCCCGCUCGGCGCAGGGGCUGGACAUCGUCGUACAGCGAGCGGGAGUGCAGCGAGUGGCCGCCUGUCCACGCAUCUCGAGUCGCCGCGUGCGCGUGUGUCUUCGCUAGGAAUGAGCAGGAGGGUGGCUCUGCCGCCUGUGGCGACCACGGAGGGACUCGGUAUCAGCAGCAGAGAUGUCGCAUCAACCCCGCCGUCUGCUCGAGCGCCUAUUGAUGGGCUGCCCGCGACGGGUGGGGAUGUCUCGUCUCUGCCGCUGCCUCUUGGGCGCAACAGGGAGGCGCAGCGGGAGAGCUGGACGUCGGCGGAUGGUCCAUGGCGAGCAGAGAUUGUCCAAGCCUCGUCCGCGAUUCCUGCAGCUCCUACGAUGCUUCCCUCGAUCCCUCAAGGCCGCACAGUAGGCCGACAGCGCAGUCGUUCUUCGAUGAAUCCGCGCACAGAACCGCUCGACGGAGCAAGACGACCAGACGCGCCAAUGGAUGGUCGAUCCCCACCUACCGCCCGCAAUCGCGCCGUCUCUGAGCCCUUGGCUCCCCAAUCGCCACCCAUCGAUCCAACAGCGGCAGAAUCGGAUCGCUGGUCGCCAGUCGACUACGAUGCCAUGCCCGCCGGCGGCACGCAAGCCUCCCUUGCGACGCUGAUUGCGCUGGAGAAACAAAGCAGGGGAGAACCAACGACGUCGCGCUUCCUCGGAUCGACCCUCUAUGCCCUACCUGCGCGCAAGGCGGAGAACUACGAGUCCUCGUCAUCCCUCGGUCCACCACAAGCUGACAGGCGAGAGAGACAGAGACAGCGAGAGGCGGCUGCCGCGACCGUUGCGAACCUCUCUGGGUCACGGAUGCGCGAGCGUGCAGCCCCGUAUGAGCGGAGGCGACCAAGUGACUACUAUUCGUCCUCAUGGGAAGGUGGAGGCUACUCUUCUGCAGGCACGUCGACUAUCGCUUCCCGACGCAGGCGGAGGAGCACUCUACGGCAGCAACAACGUCGUGCUCGGCAUGGGCACGGCCCCGGCCAUGGUAGGGAUUGGACGGGCAUGGCUUUGGCUUCUUCCGAUAAUUGGGAGGAGAGCGAUCUGCCCACCACCGCGGACGAGAGGGAGCGUUACGCGGCUAGACGGUCGAUGGAGGGCGCGAGGCAACGCAGGGAGGCUCGACCGCCUGGCGCUGCUGUGCCUGGACGCGUUCAGCGACCUCCAUUUGCUGGUCACGGGCGACAGAGGAGCGCCAUUGAGACGCCAUUGCCUCGCUCUGCUGCUGCUCGGCUUGCCGGGGAUGAAGGUAGGAUUCGAGUCGAGGGAGGGGUAUGGGAGGGUUUGGCAGAAGGAGGAUGGCAACACUAUGUCACCCCACCGAGACAUCUCGCCGAGCAGGCCGCUGCGGCGCUGCGAGCCGUGUCCUAUCCUGAUGAGUACGAAGCCGAGGACAGUCGACCACGCAUGUCUUCGCCCAUCAUCGUCAUCCAGCCCUCGCAGCCCGGCAGGCGCUCUACCACUACGACGCCCGCAGCCGGCCCCGCCCCACCCCUUCCGCAAGAAUCCACGCCAACGGCGGCAGGCGCCAACACUUCCUCCGAACACAUCAUCUCCACGCUACAACGUCAACUUCGGGAGCUCGAAUCCCGACUAGAAGACGAGCUCUCCCGCAGUCGCAUAGCCGCCGUAAGUCCCGCCGCCAGCCGCAGGGAUCGCAGCGAUAGACCUGCGGAGCAGCCCAGCGCUACCUCUCCGCUCUCACCAGCGCGACGUCCCCUCCCUGCAGUACAGUCAGUCGCGCCCUCGGCUUCCAUGCUGGGCGUGGCGCAGGAAAGUCAUCCGAUUCCUGCAGCGUCUGGCUCGCCGCUGACUGACGGGCUGAGCCCGCAAUUAUUGGAGCAGCACGAGGACUUGGCUAGGCGGGUAAGAGGGGGAGCGAGAACGAGUGGAGCAACACAACCCACGAUACGGGAUGUGGGGACGGUCCCGUUCCCCUCGUCAUCUCGUCCCCCUAAGAACAGGCCAAGACAUAGCGCGAGAGAGGAGCGACGUCGAUACCAUGAGGACGACUAUUCGCCUACGGUCGUCGACGAGUUCGGACGAACAGCCCGUCCCUUGCCGUCUGGCGGAGGCGGGGCAUCGCGAUCCAUGCCAUUGAAGGGCGAUCGUGACCGUGAGCGACAACGACCCCAUCGCUAUGAUGACGAAGAGGAGCCGUCCCACUCUUAUCACUUGCAUCGCAACAACAGUGGUGGAGCAGGAGCGCGCAGGCAGGAUCUCGAGCUCGACGUACGCGCCACAGAAUCGAGGAGACGCGACUACUACCCACGCGAGCCAGAGGAGGAAUACUACGAGGAUCCGCCCUCCCGCUCCACUCGGUAUGGCUUCCCUCGACGAAGCCAGGGAAGUAGGAGAUACGACCGCGACUACGAGCGCGACUACGACCGCGACUAUAACUACGAAGAGGCCCAAGACCUCGAGCAGUCAGAUCGCUACUAUUCUGUUGAUCCCACCCGCUCACGACGAGGUCAUCAUCGACGUCCUUCCUCCACUUCACAGCGCGGUGCUGCCCCUCCAGCUGCGGCUCUCGCACCAGCUCCCACUACCUCAUCUCGUCGUGAACAUGCCGCCGAUCCCAGCGCUGCGAUGGGGAGUGGCAGCACAAGAAGGCAGGGUAGAGCAUCAGGAGGCCCCGCUUCUGUGCCCGUCCCGGUUCCCGUGGCUACUGAGGCGGCGCCCAAGAGGGGAAGCGAGCUGUCAACGGGAGGAAGUAAAGCUGGGUAUCAGCGGAAGGACAUUUUGGUUUGGAGGGUGGGGUUGCGUGGUGAGGGUGAGGGUGAGGGUGAAGAGGGGGAGGGGGAGGGGGUGUAG